AUGAUGCAGGCAAUAUACCAACUGGGAGCAAGGAAAUUCCUGGUUAACAAUGUUUCUCCAUUAGGCUGCCAACCUUUCAAUCUGAACACAAAAAUGCACAAUACUUCCUGUGUUGAAGAUGUUAACCAGAGAAUAGCUUUCUACAAUGGACUCCUUCCCAACUUGUUGACAAAGUUGGAAACAUCCUUGAAGGGUUCCACAUUUGUGCUGUGUGAUCUAUAUAAAGUGUUUGAAGAUGUUUACACUCAACCAGCAGCAUAUGGGUUUACGAAUGUCAAUGGCUCUUGUUGCAUUGACGAAGCGAGGAAUGGAACUAGAGGAUGCGCCAGAAAUGUUGCUCCUUGCGCUGACAGAACGAGCCAUGUCUUCUUUGACCCAUUCCAUCCGACCGAGAGUUUUCAUUUCAUUUGGAUGAGGCGCUUUUUGAAGGACCACUCUGUCUGUUCUCCAUUUACCUUGUUUGAGUUAAUGCAACUUUAA